UAAAGGUUAGAGGUUAGAGAGAGCUGCUCAGUCUGGGUCUGGUAGAGAAACUGGAAAAUGUGAAAGCUGGCUUGCCAACACUCAGGCUCCCUAACAAACAUUUGAAACAGCGAGAGCCGAAUAUCAAAUGAGAGGCUGGACUGCUGCCUUAGUUGUGUUCCCAGUCUAGAGCUUAUUCAGUGAAGACUACAAGGCUUGUCUGCAGUAAAAAGUUGAAGGUGAGCAAAGAGAGAGAGAGAGAAAGAGUUGGCACUCGGGAACAGAACAAAAAGCAGAUCUGGAGAGGAGCCGUGAUGGAAAACCUGCCCGUCUACCACGGACCCAUUGGCAAAGAAGAAGGUGAGAGGCGGCUGGCCCAGGACGGGCGGGAUGGGUGCUACCUAGUCCGCAACAGUGACUCUGUGGAGGGUGUUUACUGCCUGUGUGUGCUGAGCAACGGAUACGUCUACACAUACAGGCUCCACAAGGACGACGCAGGUUCAUGGGCAGCAGAAACCAGUCCUGGUGUGCAGAAACGAUAUUUCCGGAAAAUCAGGAACUUGAUAGCAGCUUUCCAAAAGCCAGGACAAGGAAUUGCCAUGCCUCUGCUCUACCCUGUCACAGCUCAGCGACGGGCACACACACACACAGAGGCACAGAUGCCCGGUAAUAGCCUGUCACCGACAAACAGCAUCCCAAACGCUUACCUCCAGCAGCGGCCACCGCAUGCUGCUCAGGAACAGAAAACCAGAAACAAGACGGAGGUGCGCCAAGCUUUUGGUUAGGGGGAAACCCUAAGCUUACCAUUACCAAACAUAAAUACGGCCUUUGCAAGAUUUCUACUGUUACAUUUUGCAUGCUGUGUGUGAAGCUAAUGUCAUUUCUCACCCCAAUUAAGCAACUCCUUUAUGUCAAAUAACAGUGACUCAUUUCUCAGUAUCAUUCCAGUAUCUCUUUUUUCCCUUCUCUGCAUAUGCUGCACGCAAAGUGCCUCAUAACUUUCAGGGAUGUGAUGUAAAAUAUUCAACUGCUGAAACAUUAAUAUCCAUUACUGCAUACAGAAGUUGACAACAAAUAUUGUUCCCUGUUUUCUUAAUGCAAUUUAGUUAUGUGAAUGGCGAAGAAAAUAAAUGAUAUUGGUUGAAA